AUGAAGCUCCUAUUGCUGACUUUGGCGGCUCUGCUGCUCUUCUCCCAGCUCACUCCAGGCGAUGCCUUAAGAUGCUGGAAUCUUCGUGGCAAAUGCCGCCACAGGUGUUCCAGGAAAGAAAAGGUCUACGUUUACUGCACAAAUGGCAACAUGUGCUGUGUGAAGCCCAAGUACCAGCCGAAAAAUAAGCCAUGGCUGUUGUGA